GUUUGAAGACAAGCUUUAGUGAAACAAUAUACUUACAAUGUACAAGUUGGUAGUCGCCUCCAUUUUACUGGCUACGGCCUAUGCUUUGCCCCAACCACAAGUUCAUCAGAGAGAAAUCCGCAUUCUUCGUCAGAACCAAGAUAUAACUCCAGAGGGUCAAUAUGCCUGGGAGUAUGAGACGGAAAACGGUAUAUCGGCUCAAGAACAAGGAGGUCCCAAAGCCAUUGGACCCGACGUAGGAACAGCUGCUCAAGGUGGCUUCCAAUACACUUCCCCUGAGGGAAUACCAAUUGUGCUUACCUACGUUGCCGACGAGAAUGGUUUCCAACCACAAGGAGCUCACCUCCCAACUCCCCCACCAAUCCCACCACAAAUUGCGAGGGCGUUGCAAUGGAUUGCAGCACACCCUGAACCACAACUGAGACAAUAGGAAAGAAAUUAAGUGAUAUAAUGUAUUAUUAUUAUUUUAGUAAAAUUGUAUUAGUUUUGCAUGUCCUGUAGGUACAAAUCUAAAAAUGAAUAAAUACCUAGU